CCUCGCCUCGCGCCAAAACGCGCCCCUAAAUCGACCUGGAUGGGUGAGCUGGCUUGCAAUGCACAAGGGAUUCUGCCUCGUGCAAAUUCACAUUCAUCCUUGGUGACUAUCUGGAGCUUUCUUGGUCGCUUGUAUCGCCUGUAAGUUGUACCUUACAAAUUCUUCAGGGCAAAACCUUUCGCAAAUGUGCUGACAACCAUUUCAACAUCCCCGGGUGUUCCAUCACGUCACACGAGCAUCUGGAUUGGCGGUCCCGCUGGCCGCAAUGUUUGGUGGGGACGAUGAUUUCGGCGAUGAUGUUGGCAUCUCGGCUCCGGUGUCAAGAAAGCGGCCAGCGGAAGAGGAUCUUGAUGAAGAGUAUGAGACUAAAAAGGCCCAUGUUGCCGAUCACGCCACCACUACCAUCUUGAACCUGAGAGCUAGUUUGGAGCAACGCGACGCUGACCUGGUGGUCCUCCAGCAGAAAUACGCAACCGCAAAUGCAGAACUAGAACGAUGGCGCACAGCUUUCAAGGGCAACUCCAUCCUGCCAGGAUUGGCAGUUGCUGGGGGGGAGCCAGAUCCGACGGUCGUGAUCCAGGAGGUGCUGAAGAUGGGGGUGCAACACAGCAGGCUGAGAGAGCAGCUUCAGGUGUCGAAGGGUAAGGAGGACGCUCUGCUUAUCAAGUUGACAAUGAAAGACAAGGACGUCGCCGAGCUGAAGACCCAGCUGCACGACCUGAAGCAGCUGAUGCACCCGAAGCACACGCAGGCGCGCCAGCUGCUGCUAGACCCGGUGCUCCACCUCGAGUUUACCAAGCUCAAGACGGAGCUGGAGGCGAGCGAGAAGAAGCUGAAGGAGGCGCAGGACGACCUGGCGGCGGUGCAAUUCACGCCGCACAGCAAGAACGGCAAGAUGCUCAUGGCCAAGUGCCGCACGCUGCAGGAGGAGAACGAGGAGAUCGGGCGCGAGAUGUCCGAGGGCAAGAUGCACGAGCUCGAGAACAAGUUGGCACUGCAGAAGCAACUCAACGUGGAGAUGAAGCAGGGCUUCAAAGAGCUGCAAGAGUACGUCGACGACCUCAACGACGAUUGCGACAAGUGGCAGCAUGUGGUGUACUCGCUCCAGAAGCAGCUCCGAGAGAAAGAGCGCGCGCUGCAAAAGGUGCAGAAGCAAGUGGAGGAUAUGACAAGGCGGCUACGGUCAGAUGCACCGCAGACCCAAGCGAUUGAGGGCCGGCCGUCAGAACGGACAGAUUUGAAAGACUCUGUAAAAGUUGAGACUUGAAUGUUCGGAUUCUGCUUCAGGCUGCAAUUGGGUCACAGCGAGUUUGGGCGCUCUCUACACAUUGUAUUUGCAAUCACAAAGUCAUCUAGCGUGAUCAAUGAUGAGACACGGUUUUUGGGCCACACUGUACACUUUCAAACAAGUGGUGUGCACUUUUCUGGUGGUGUAUUCCCG